GAACGAUGGUUUAGUGUCUUGUUUCCUACGGGUUGGUGGAACCGAUUUUAAACGUAUGCAUUUUACCCAGAAGAAUCUUUUACAUGUGUGCCUUAUUUGGCUUUUUCCAUCAACAAUAGAGUUAUGCGGAUAUCUAUCAGCACCAAAAUGUUAUCGAUAUGUUUAUGGAUUCUUAAAGCACCGUGUUCAAACAAGCAGACGUAGACACUUCUCUGAAUCCUACGUUUUAGAUGAGCAAAUCAGAAGUUUUAUAUCAGAGAACACCGAGGUGGUUGUGGGAUCGAGUCUGACGCCUGAGAUAAAACUGAGAUUGUUAACCCCUAACUGCAGGUUUUGGAGAGAAAAACCAGAACUCUGGCCUUUUACUGACCCAUACUGGGCAAUUUACUGGCCAGGUGGACAAGCGCUUUCAAGGUACAUCUUGGACAACCCUAAUGUUUGUCAAGGUAGAGCGGUGCUGGAUCUGGGGAGCGGGUGUGGAGCCUCAUGUAUUGCUGCAAAGCUCUGUUCUGCUGCUUAUGUGGUGGCCAAUGACAUCGACCCAGUUGCAGCCGUCGUCACCAAGAUGAAUUGUGAACUGAACAAUGUAGACCCACCUGUCUGUGUAACCGACAACAUCAUUGGUUCAGAUGCCUCCUGCUUCGACUUGAUCCUCCUGGGUGACAUGUUCUACGAUGAGGCCCUCGCCGACAGCCUUCACAGAUGGCUGGACCGCUGUAUCGAAGACAGCGGCACCAAAGUUCUGAUCGGGGAUCCUGGGAGAGCCCAUUUUGAGGGACAUGGCAUCCGGAAGCUCCUGCAUCAUCUGGCCCAGUUUGAAUUGCCUAAAAGUGUCAGGGAGCAGAACUAUGGCCUCAUAUCCAGCCAUGUUUGGUGUUAUAAUAGAAAACUAUGAUAACCUUCAACCUUUUGAAUGCUUGAUUUGAUUAAUUUUUCAUAAUCAUCUGAA